UAGUCCGUCGCUGCGAUCGGACUCGUCCAGCGUCCCGUCGGCACUUGGUUUUCUCGAUUUUGGCGGGCCGCGUCGUGGACGGUGCUCUGCCGCGCAGUUAUCUCUCGAAUUAACGAAUUUACUAAGGAUCAAUGAUGACGGACAAGGACGGCGUUUUCGCUGAUCUUCCAAAUGGAACGUAACCGUCGCGUAUGCUACACGGACACUCUCUCAAAGAUUACGAAGGUAAAUCUUGAAUUAAGCCCGGAAUCAGACGAGAAACGUAGCAUUCGCAAGAGACAUCCUGCACGUAUAAAGAGGAGAAGAGACGAACAAGAAUUUAAUACAACGGAGGAAAAUAACAAUCCAACAGCAGAUAUGAUAGAGGGAAAUAAAAGUCCAACAGCAGAUAUAUUAGAGGAAAAUAAAAAUCCAACAGCAGAUAUAUUAGAGGAAAAUAAAAAUCCAACAGCAGAUAUAUUAGAGGAGGAAAACAUGGAGUCAAAUGAGAUUGAAACGAUUGAACUACUUGAUGACAAAACGGCUGAAGAAGACGGUACUAAAAACUGUACUGGAGCUGAAACCACGAGAAACGAGGGUGACUUCACACAACUACAUGAAAAGUUGAAAUAUCUUUUGCCUGACAAUCACCCGAGAGAAAACUUAAGCGCCGCUGUACUUCGUUCAGAGGGCUUCGAUGACGCUGUGGAGGAGCGUAUUAUCAACGAGGAAUAUAAAAUAUGGAAGAAGAACACACCGUUUCUGUACGACCUUGUGAUGACACAUGCUUUAGAGUGGCCAUCCUUGACGGCCCAAUGGCUGCCCGACGUCACCAGACCGGAGGGAAAAGAUUAUUCCAUCCACAGGUUAAUUCUGGGCACUCACACUUCGGACGAACAAAAUCACCUGCUCAUCGCUAGCGUCCAGCUACCAAAUGAAGACGCGCAAUUCGACGCCUCUCAUUAUGACAACGAGAAAGGUGAAUUUGGUGGAUUCGGUUCAGUUAGUGGUAAAAUUGAGAUCGAGAUCAAGAUCAACCACGAAGGUGAGGUCAACAGAGCGCGAUUCAUGCCGCAAAACCCGUGCGUGAUCGCGACGAAGACCCCCUCGAGCGACGUGCUCGUGUUUGAUUAUACUAAGCAUCCAAGCAAACCGGAUCCCAACGGCGAAUGCCAUCCGGAUUUGAGAUUGCGAGGACAUCAAAAGGAAGGCUACGGACUCUCAUGGAAUCCGAAUCUCAACGGAUACUUACUUAGCGCGUCUGACGAUCACACUAUCUGCCUGUGGGAUAUCAAUGCCACGCCGAAGGAAAAUCGUGUUAUCGACGCGAAAACUAUCUUCACAGGACACACAGCUGUGGUCGAAGAUGUCGCUUGGCAUCUGUUACAUGAAUCACUAUUUGGUUCGGUCGCUGACGAUCAAAAGCUCAUGAUCUGGGACACCAGAUGCAACAAUACUAGUAAACCAAGUCAUACCGUUGAUGCUCACACCGCUGAAGUGAACUGCCUGAGUUUCAAUCCAUACUCUGAAUUUAUAUUAGCUACUGGCAGCGCGGAUAAAACUGUAGCUCUUUGGGAUCUGCGAAAUCUCAAAUUGAAGUUGCAUUCAUUUGAAUCACACAAGGAUGAGAUCUUCCAGGUCCAAUGGUCACCACACAACGAAACGAUAUUGGCGAGCAGUGGCACAGACAGACGAUUACAUGUCUGGGAUCUUAGCAAGAUCGGCGAGGAGCAGUCCAGCGAGGAUGCCGAAGACGGGCCACCUGAACUUUUGUUUAUACAUGGAGGUCAUACCGCGAAAAUUAGUGAUUUUUCGUGGAAUCCUAAUGAACCGUGGGUCAUAUGCUCGGUGUCGGAAGAUAACAUAAUGCAAGUAUGGCAAAUGGCGGAGAAUAUUUAUAACGAUGAAGAACCUGAAACACCCGGAAGCGAGAUUGAAACUGGCGGCUCAUAACGCGAAAUAUAAUUCAUGAAAUUGUUCUGAGCUAUCGCCGCCUCCUGACUGAGGAUUGUAAGCGCAGCCCUUAGUGCGCCAAGUGUGUUGUUGAACAUCUCGGUGUAACGAGUUUUGAGACAUUCCUUUUCACCAGCGAACAAUAAUUCUUGCGUUCAAUCAUUCGAUCAAUCAUACGAGAAGUGUAAGUAACAGGAUAAAAGAUUUCAUUUAUUUUAUAUUUUCUAAAGUUUGGCGAGUUGUGGAGAUAAAUGUGUGUUAUUUUAUUGGAUCUGACUAGACGCAUUUGUACUUUUUCCAAAUUUUGAAAACUUAUAACUUUUCCAAUAUUUCAAAAGAAUAUGAAUGGCGAGUAUUAUUGUUUUACGGUGACAAAUUGGUUAUGUUAUUAAUAAAUAAAAGAAAUUCGCUGGCUGAGUAGCAGUACUGAAAUAACUGCUGGUUACAUCUGUUGUGAGCCAUAUUCGUACGAAGGCACUAUUUCUCUGUCAUAGUGGAAGAGAGUUCAAGUGAAACUAGGGGUUGCCAAGUACUUUUUCUACUUCGUUUUAAGCGUGAAUAAAAAAAGUGAUGUAAA